GAAGCGGACCGCGAAACCUCCACCGUCGCCCCGGCGACGAGAAGCGCGGCUUGCGGUCGUUAUGACGUGGAUCACCGCCCUCGCUCCCUGCCUCCCGAGCGCCAGUCGCGGCUGCUACUAAGCGAGCAGGAACCCUCUCAGGUGACCUGGUUAACAUUGAAGAGGAGGAGCCCUGCCUGCCAACACUAAUGACAAGUUAGCUGUGGUGGCCGUGCAGUAAAAGCAGGUGUGGCGGCCAUGAGGAGGCGGUGAUCGUGUGGAGGAAGAAUGGGCCGGAGCGUCCUCUCCACCGCCGUGCUCUACGGCUCCUUGGCCCUCUUCACCUCCGUCCUCCACAAUGUCUUCCUGCUCUACUACGUGGACACCUUUGUGUCCGUCUACAAGAUCGACAAGGUCUCCUUCUGGGUGGGCGAGACCGUGUUCCUGCUCUGGAACAGUUUCAAUGAUCCUCUGUUCGGGUGGCUGAGUGACCGCACCUUCCUCAGCUCUCCUCAGACCGGCUCCCAGGUCACGUCCCCAGAGGUGGUUCUGAAGCGGCUGAAGGCGCUGUCCGCCAACGGGCCUCUCCUGGCCCUCUCCUUCCUGGCCUUCUGGGUGGCGUGGGCCAGCCCGGGCCUGCAGUUCCUGCUCUGCCUGUGCCUGUACGACGGCUUCCUCACCAUGGUGGACCUCCACCACAGCGCCCUGCUGGCCGACCUGGCCGUGUCCGCCGCCGACCGCACGCGCCUCAACUUCCACUGCUCGGCCUUCAGCGCCCUGGGCUCGCUGUCCGUCUUCCUGUCCUACUCCUUCUGGGACAAGGAGGACUUCCACGCCUUCCGCCUCUUCUGCCUGGCCCUGGCCGCCUUCUCCAUCCUGGGCUUCUUCCUCGUCUCCGGGUUGCUACGGCGACGUUUUGAGAAGGAAGUCCGUCCAAGACACGAGGAGGCGCUGGCGCUCAAAGAGUACGUGACAAAAGGCGCAUCUUUAUUACAAAGUUUGUCUUCUUCUAAUCUUCUGUGUGGCAGGCUGAGUGUGGGCAACGCCCCGUUCACCUCUCCUGAGCACCCCGUCACCAUCCAGCAGUACCUCAAGCAGCUGUCCAGACACAAGAACUUCAUGUGGUUCGUGUCCAUGAACCUCAUUCAGGUCUUUCACUGCCACUUCAACAACAACUUCUUCCCUCUUUUCCUGGAGCACCUCCUGUCAGACAACAUCUCCGCCUCCAGCGGCUCCAUCCUCCUGGGCAUCUCCUACGUGGCCCCCCACCUCAACAACCUCUACUUCCUCACCCUGUGCCAGCGCCAUGGGGUCUACCAGGUCAUCCGCUGGCUUUUUCUGCUCAAACUGGGACUGAGUGUGGCCAUGCUGCUGGCGGGGGCCGACCACGUCUUCUUGCUCUGCAUCUUCAUCGCCAGUAACCGGGUGUUCACGGAGGGAACGUGCAAGCUGCUGAAGCUGGUCAUCUCCGACCUGGUGGACGAGGACUUUGUGGUCAACCGCCGACAGCAGCCGGUGUCGGCGCUGCUUUUUGGGAUGGUGGCGCUGUUGACCAAGCCCGGGCAGACCUUAGCGCCGCUCUUCGGCACGUGGCUGCUGUGCGCCUACACAGGCUACGACAUUUUCCAAAGGGAACCCGCCGAGGACAUACCGGGACCCCACGUGGCUCCGGGCUCAGGGACCCCGCCUCUGCGCCUGGGUUGCUUCCACAUGCUGGUGUUUGUGCCCAUCACCUGCGCCCUGCUGCAGCUGGCCGCCUGGUCUCGCUUCACGCUGCACGGGCGCAAGCUGCGGGGCAUCAAGAGCUCCAGGCAGGGCGCCCAACACGGCGGCCUGGUGGACGUCAAGGCCAUCUGACGGAGCAGGGGAGUCCAAUCUAAAACAUACGGGGGCCAUUUUCAUAUUUUCAAAACCAAUACAUUACAUAACGUAACCAUUCGGGUCACUUUUGGUUAACAUUAAAGGUCCCGGUCAUUAAACUGUUAAAAAUAAUAUUUUGUUAUACCUUCAACACUUAAAUAUCUAUAGCUCAACCUCAAAACUAUCUGUUGCCAAAAUCUUAUUGAUUUUUCUUCAGUUUUUUGCCCAAAACCCUCCUUUUUAUGGAAUAAACCAAAAUAUCCAAAUGUGAAGUAAUUUUAGCCAUAAAUAAUGCUUUGUAUUCAUUAUUGUUUUUUGACUGUGUAAAUCCAAAAGGCCUACACCGACACUCAUAAAAUUGUUAAAAAUAAGUAAUAUAUUUAAUUUUUACUUUCAACGCUUAAAUCCUUGAAGCAACUUCCGAUCCAUCUGUAAUCUUAGCCAUAAGUACGUAAAUAAUUCAUAACAACAAUGCUUCGUAUUCAUUGUUUUUUGACUGUGUAAAUCCAAAAGGCCUCCACUCAUAAAAUUGUUAAAAAUAAGUCUUAUACUGUAUAUAUAUAUAUAUAUAU